AUGCGUAGAGAACGCGACGCAGAUCUUUCGGCGGCGGAAGAGGCUGCGAUCAGCUGCACCGCGACGACGCAGCCGGCCGACGACGUCGCGUGCGUCUACUGGUCCCUCCGCUUCACCCUCGCGGCGCUGCCGUGGCGGCCGAGCGUCUGUUGGACGGGCAUGUCGCGCUUCGAGCUCGACCAGGCCUCGGCCCGCGAAGACUGCGGCAGGAGGACCCGUGCUUCUCUCUGA